CAAGGUGCAAGGGCCUCAGGUGGCAACUUCGCGGAUCCGGAAGCAGGAAGUAGUUGGUGUUCUCCGGACCAGGAACCUGCCUGGCUGAGGGAGGUGGCACUCAGAGGCCUCGAGCUGAGAUGGACUUGGCGGAAGAGCUGGAGACCACAGCCCAGGAAGUGCUGGGGAAACUGAGGAGUGGUGAGCCGUUCCAGUCCAACUGGGACACUGCUGCCUUCAUCAUCUUCCUCAUUUUCCUCGGCACCGUGCUGCUCCUGAUGUUGCUCGUUUGUACCCACUGCUGCUGCCACAGCUCCUGCAGCCGCCGCGCCUCCAGACCCCAGAAGGUACACCCCAGGGGAGUGGAUAACUUGGCCUUGGAACCUUAACAUGGCAAGCCCACCAGCCCCCACCCCGUCCGUGUGUCCUGCUGGGCAACAGUAACAAAGCCUCGUUUGCCCAGAGCCUGCGUCUGGAGUGUGUUCCAAGCUUCCCGUCAGGGGUGGGCAGUGUGGGCACUCACUGCUUUCUCCGGAAGCCCACCUGCUCCCUCACAGCUCCAGGUCACACAGCAGCUGCUGACAGGAGGCGAAGCUGGGCUCCAACUCAGGGGCCCCAACGCCCAGGCCGA